AUGGGAAUAUCAAGACGUCCCAAGAAUAAGGACGCCCGCGCCGGGGCCGCGGCUGGCGCAAGCGGCAGCGCAAAGCCCAAGAAGGCUACCUUCGAGACCACCAAGAAGAAGGAGAUCGGUGUCUCCGAUCUGACCCUGCUGAGCAAAGUGUCCAACGAGGCCAUCAACGAAAACCUGAAGAAGCGAUUCGAGGGCGCCGAGAUCUAUACCUAUAUCGGCCAUGUGUUGGUCUCGGUCAACCCCUUCCGGGACCUGGGCAUCUAUACCGACCAGGUCCUCGACACCUACAAGGGCAAGAACCGACUCGAGAUGCCGCCGCACGUCUUCGCCAUCGCCGAAUCCGCAUACUACAACAUGAAGGCCUACAAUGAUAACCAGUGCGUCAUCAUCUCGGGAGAGUCGGGCGCUGGCAAGACCGAGGCCGCCAAGCGCAUCAUGCAGUACAUCGCCAGCGUGUCUGGUGGAGAGUCGGGAGACAUCAAGCAGAUCAAGGACAUGGUGCUGGCAACCAACCCCCUGCUCGAGUCGUUUGGAAACGCCAAGACACUGCGAAACAACAACUCGUCGCGAUUCGGCAAAUACCUACAAAUUUACUUUAACGCUCAGGGCGAACCCGUGGGCGCCGACAUCACAAACUACCUCCUGGAGAAGACGCGAGUGGUGGGCCAGAUUACAAACGAGCGCAACUUCCACAUCUUUUACCAAUUCACAAAGGGCGCUUCGCAGCAGUACCGAGAGACCUUUGGCAUCCAGAAACCCGAGACGUACGUCUACACGAGCCGGUCAAAAUGCUUCGACGUCGACGGCAUCGACGAUCUCGCCGAAUUCCAAGACACGCUCAACGCCAUGAAGAUUAUUGGCCUCAGCCAACCCGAGCAAGACGAGAUCUUCCGCAUGCUUGCGGCCAUUCUGUGGAUUGGAAACAUCCAGUUCCAGGAGGAUCAGAGUGGUUAUGCCGAGGUGAUUGAUAGAUCCGUGGUGGAUUUCGCCGCCUACCUCAUGGAGGUCACCCCCGAGCAGCUCAUCAACGCCAUCACGAUCCGAAUUCUGACUCCUCGAAACGGCGAGGUUAUCGAAUCGCCUGCGAACCCGGCCCAGGCAUUGGCUACAAGAGAUGCGCUAGCCAAGGCCAUUUACAGCAAUCUGUUCGACUGGAUUGUCGAGCGCAUCAACAAGUCUCUUAAGGCCCGACAGCCAACUAGCAACACGAUCGGUAUUCUGGAUAUUUACGGCUUCGAGAUUUUCGAAAAGAACAGUUUCGAACAGCUUUGUAUCAACUACGUCAACGAGAAGCUGCAGCAGAUCUUUAUCCAGCUCACUCUCAAGGCCGAGCAAGACGAGUACGCGAAGGAGCAGAUUCAAUGGACGCCAAUCAAGUACUUUGACAACAAGGUUGUGUGUGACCUGAUCGAGCAGAUCCGACCACCAGGCAUCUUCUCCGCCAUGAAGGAUGCCACCAAGACUGCGCACGCUGAUCCGGCAGCUUGCGACCGAACCUUUAUGCAGAGUAUCAACGGCAUGUCGCACGCCCAUCUUACCCCCCGUCAAGGAAACUUCAUCAUCAAGCACUACGCUGGUGAUGUCACCUAUACUGUGGAUGGUAUUACGGAUAAGAACAAGGAUCAGCUCCUCAAGGGUCUGCUCAACCUGUUCCAGCACAGCGGAAACCAAUUCGUCCAUACCCUGUUCCCUCGCCCGGUUGAUCAAGAUAACCGAAAGCAGCCUCCCUCGGCUGGUGACCGUAUCCGAACGUCUGCGAAUGCCCUGGUCGAUACUUUGAUGAAGUGCCAGCCUUCAUAUAUCCGAACCAUCAAGCCGAACGAGAACAAGUCGCCCACUGAGUACAACGGUCCCAAUGUUCUUCAUCAAAUCAAGUAUCUUGGUCUUCAGGAGAACGUUCGCAUUCGUCGAGCCGGUUUCGCUUACCGUCAAGCAUUCGACAAGUUUGUUGACCGAUUCUUCCUCUUGUCACCUGCUACAUCGUAUGCUGGUGAAUACACUUGGGACGGUACCACCGAGGCUGCUGUCAAGCAGAUUCUCAAGGAUACCAGCAUCCCUAAGGAAGAGUGGCAGAUGGGAGUCACCAAGGCAUUCAUCAAGGCUCCUGAAACUCUCUUUGCCCUUGAGCACAUGAGAGAUAGAUACUGGCAUAACAUGGCCACACGAAUCCAGCGCAUGUGGAGAGCCUAUCUUGCCUACCGAGCCGAAUCUGCUACUCGAAUCCAGAGGUUCUGGAGGAAGAAGCGAACUGGAGCCGAGUACUUGCAACUUCGAGACCAGGGCCACCGGGUUCUCGGAGGACGCAAGGAGAGACGUCGUAUGAGUCUUUUGGGUUCCCGAAGAUUCCUCGGCGACUAUCUGGGCAUCAAUGCUACCAAUGGUCCUGGAGCGCAGAUCCGCAAUGCUGCUGGCAUUGGCUCAAACGAGAAGACCAUCUUCUCUUGCCGAGCUGAGAUCCUGGAAGCCAAGUUCGGUCGUUCCAGCAAGCCCAGCCCGCGUAUCAUUGUUGUUACAAACAGCAAGUUCUAUAUCAUUGCCCAAGCCCUCGUCAAUGGUCAGCCCCAUAUCUCGGCUGAAAAGUCUGUGCCUCUGGGCGCGAUCAAGUUCAUUGGAGCCUCGGCGGCUCGUGAUGACUGGUUCUCACUCGGCAUUGGCUCUCCACAGGAACCGGAUCCUCUGAUGAACUGUGUGUUCAAGACUGAACUGUUUACUCAGAUGCAGCGGGUAAUGCCUGGAGGUUUCAACCUCAAGAUCGGUGACACAAUCGAAUACGCCAAGAAGCCAGGCAAGAUGCAGCAGGUCAAGGUUCUCAAGGAUUCCCAGCUUCCAGUCGACUAUUACAAGAGUGGUGGCAUCCACACACAACCUGGUGAGCCACCAAACUCGGUCUCGAAGCCCACUCCCAAGGGCAAGCCAGUACCCCCUCGACCUAUCACUCGAGGCAAGUUGAUCAAGCCCGGAGGUCCCAACGGUCGACCAUCUCGACUCACUGGCAACCGAACGGCCAAGCCUCGACCUGGAGCGGGCUCACGACCUACUCCUCAACCACCAGCUGCUGUCACUGCUGCUGCCGCCAUCCCCGCUGCCGCUUCCCAAGGUCCCGUCACUGUCCCCCAUCGUCCCGUGUCGACACAAAACGCGCACGCUGCGGUUGCAAACUCCAUCUCAAACCAUACCCGCAAUGCUAGCGGUGCUGGGCGUGCACCUCCACCACCUCCUCCCCCUGCUGCCCCUGCACGACCAGCAAGUCCCCCCAAGAUCCUGGCCAAGGUUCUGUACGACUUUGCGGCCCAGCGGGAGAACGAGCUCUCGAUCCACGCCAAUGAGAUCGUCGAGAUUGUCCAGAAGUCGACCAAUGGUUGGUGGCUAGCCAAGAACCAGCAGACGGAGCAGCAGGCCUGGGUUCCUGCCGCCUAUGUUCAGGAACAAGCUCCUCCGGCUCCGCGUGCGCCGCCGGCCCCACCACGGGCCAAGCCGACGCCUCCGCAGCCCCCGGCCAAACGGCCUGCGGCUAACCGCAAGCCUGCCGAGCUGCAGCAGCGCGACUCGGGCAUGAGCCUCAACACGCUGAACGGUAGUACCGGAAGUCGUAGCAGCACUCCUACACCCAGCUUGGGAGGCAGUCUGGCGGAUGCUCUCCUGGCUCGCAAGAACGCCAUGCAGCGGGAGAAGGAGGAUGAUGAUGACUGGUAG